AUAUAUAUAUUUGAAAAUUUUCUUGCUUCAUUCAAGCUUUUAUAUUUGAAAAACCUAUGCAGAGGAUGAAAUUCUCUUCUUGGUAUUUUACAUAUAUACAUUGCAUGUAGUUUAAAGAGUAAAUGGUCAUUAAGAAUAUCUGAUGAUUCAAGAGUAAGAGGCAGAUAUACUUCUUCAAUUAUGGCAAAGUCACCAUAAUUCCAUUUUAGUUUCAGAGAAUCAUCAGACUCCUCCUCCUCUUUAUGGCUGCAUCUUUGUCUAUGUUCUUUCAAGUUGAUCACCCGAAACCAUAUUCGUGUCUCGUCCUUGUCUUUUCUUUCUUCGCCAUCACUAAAUUUGGUCUCUCAGAAACCAAUUGUGUUCUUGACAUUGAAUAUCCUUUAUCCAUUGAUAACUCAACCUGUAAAGGAGGUGACUGGGACGGUUUUCUCAAAAACAGCUGUUGUGAAUCGAUUUUCAAUGGAUUUCUGUAUGCCCUAGGAAAGAAAGCGAAUGAAACUGGAAAAAUAUUAAUGACUCGGUCAGAGCAAAAGGAAUGUUUAGCUUCAAUGAAUGCAAAUGUUUUCAGCUGUGGCCUUGAGAAGCUAACCAAUGGAGAAGGUGGUUGCUCUGACUAUUCCGUUACUGAUGUUCUAGGAAAUGAUCUGAGAAAGCUUGGUCAAGAUUGCGAGGUUUUGGGUUCAAAUGACAUCUCAAACACUACUUGCCCUGUGUGUUCCAACAGGUUGGAUGAGAUCAGCGUAUCAGCAAAUCAUGACAAGACUGAAACAGACGUCUGUAAGUUUGCAGUGUUGAUCACUUUAACAAGUCAGAGGAUUGAUGAUGUUAAAUGGGUUCAGGGAUUGUAUCAGUGCCUCAAUCAGGAACGCGUCGCUUUAGGUGAUCAGGGAAGCCUUGUUUUAGAUGAUAAAGAAAGCCCGGGCAAAAAGCCUAAAAAAUUUGUGCCAGGUCUUUGGAUUAUAGUUGGAGGAAUAGUGGGAGUGACAGUACUUUUAACUGUUGCAUUAUGGAUGUGGUCUAGAAAAAUCAAGAAAGGAAAACUUCCAGCUGGAAAAGAUGCAAAAGAGGAUUCAGUAUCUGAAGAUUCCAGCUAUAGUAAAAUAUCCAUCAAAGAUGUUUAUUCCGCGACAAACAAUCUCAAUGCCUUGAAUUUUAUCGGUCAAGGAAUAGCUGGGAAGGUGUAUAAGGGCAUACUGCCCGACGGUCAGCAUAUUGCAGUUAAGCACAUAAUUAAUGAUGGACAGAUGGAAACGUUUGUCCGAGAAGUUACAAGUCUAUCCCAUGUCAGGCAUCCAAAUCUGGUAGAAAUAUUAGGUCAUUGUAAAGGAGAAGAAGAAUGCUUUCUUAUAUACGAACUAUGCCACAAAGGAAACCUCUCAGAGUGGCUAUUCGGUAAAGAAAAAACCCUGUCUUGGACUCGAAGGCUUGAGAUAGCCAUUGAUUGUGCCAGAGGUCUAUGGUUUCUCCAUACAUAUCCUGAAGGCUGCAUUGUACACCGAGAUAUAAAACCAACAAAUAUUCUUAUUUGUUCCAACUACCAAGGAAAACUUUCUGAUUUUGGACUAUCCAAAGUUAUUGCUGUGGAUAAAUCGUACGUGAGCUCCGAAGUCAGAGGAACAUUUGGUUAUGUGGAUCCGGAGUACAGGAUGAACCAUCGUGUUAAUUCUUCAGGCGAUGUUUACAGUUUUGGAAUAGUCAUUCUGCAGCUCAUCUCGGGACAAAGGGUUAUUAAUCUGGACGCUAACAAACCUAUGCCCCUGAGUAAAAUGAUUGGUGACAAGGGGAGGAAAUAUUAUAGACUUUGCAGAUCCCAAACUUAAUGGGAACUUCUCGGAAGAAGCUUUUGAAUUCCUACUUAAGCUAGCCUUGACAUGCACUGGUAUCAAGCAGCAGAGGCCUUCCAUGGAGCAAGUGUUUCGAAAACUCGAAAAAGCUCUUGAGAUGUCUGUCUCAUGACUCAUCUGCCUAUAAAUUAGUCGAAGCUUCCUACAAGGUUUUGACAAAUAAUUAUUAAUGGUCUUUGCAGAAGUACGUAUAACAUAAAUAUCUACUAGACAUCUUCAUAUCGGUGGUGCUUAUGCAGAGCCAGAAAAGCUAAAACUGGCGAUACAGUGUGCUUAGGACAUAUCCUAAACUAUGUAAAUCGAGAGGGAAACAAAAAAUUAUACGUUUAUAUUGUCGUGAAUAAGAGAAAAUUUAUUAUGAGUAUCA